AUGUCCGGAACCAAGGAGGAGGACCGCAAAGGCUCGAGCGACUGGCGAGAAUUCUUCUGGAACCCGCGAACUCACGAGCUAAUGGGCCGGACCGCGUCGAGCUGGGGGCUGAUCCUGCUCUUCUACCUGGUCUUCUACCUGUUUCUGGCGGGGAUGUUUGUUCUUACCAUGUACAUCAUGCUGCUGACGCUUGACGACUACAAACCCACCUGGCAGGACCGCCUGGCCACUCCAGGGAUGAUGAUUCGUCCAAAGGGCGAUCAGCUGGAGAUCAGCUUCUCAGUGUCAGACACUGAGAGCUGGGACGGCUUCAUCCAAAACCUCAACACCUUCCUCUCUCCGUACAACGACAGCUAUCAGGUUCAGACCAAUGAUAACUGCCCUCCAGAUCAAUACUUCAUUCAAGAGGACAGUGGAGAGGUCAGGAACAAUCCCAAGCGUUCCUGUCAGUUUAAUCGGACGAUGUUGGGGGACUGUUCUGGGAUUAUGGAUCGUUUCUAUGGUUACAACAGAGGUCAGCCCUGCAUCCUCAUCAAACUGAACCGGGUGAUCGGUAUGUUACCAGGGAAGGACAGUCAGUCUCCUUAUGUCACCUGUGGAGCCAAGAGGGAGGAGAGUGAGAAGAUCGGACCUCUGGCAUAUUUUCCUCCUAACGGGACCUUCAACCUCAUGUACUAUCCGUACUACGGCAAAAAGGCUCAGGUGAACUACACUCAGCCGCUGGUGGCCGUGAAGUUCCUGAAUGCCUCUCUGAACACAGACAUCAACGUGGAGUGUAAAAUCAACUCCAACACUCUCGCUGACGGCAGUGAGCGAGAUAAGUUCGCCGGACGGGUUUCCUUCAAACUACGAAUCAACGACAAAUAGACACCUGUUCACACACACCUGUUCACACACACGUUAAAGCUGCACUCAUCCAGAAGGCUUCCCUUUAAAGCCUCAAAUGCACCACUUUUGUUUCCAUGUUCCAUCCCAGCUUCAUGCGUUCACUGACGGUCUGAAAUAUUAUUACGUAUUUGUCACCCCCGUAAACAUUUUGUUUUGUAUUUUCGCUGUGAUCCUCCGUACAGCAGCCUCAGUACAGCUUUAACUCAAAUACACUGACCUGAAACCAACCAAUCAGCAUGCACACACACUCUGAUGUCACUGCCACCAAGGAUGGACUGGAGAACGACUGGAGCAUCAUCAUCAUCAUCAUCAUCAUCAUCGAUGGGCAUGAAACGAAGACCAAAUUAUUGAUCACACCACUGAUGUGUUUACUGAUCAAUGCUUCUUUCACUGACUUGUAUUAAUUAAUUAAUUUAUUUAUUAUGUAUUGAUGAUGACUAUCAGUUUUUUUCUGUCAGUGUGGUCAUGACAGGAGUUCAGAUUACAGACAGUCCAGUAAUUCAGAUUGGCUCUUUUACAGGUUCCUGCACAUCCUGGAGAACCUGCCACAUCAGGAACCAGUUCAGGAACCAGUUUUAAACCACAGCAGCUUAGAAAGAUGACUAACAGUGACAUCACAAACCAGUUCAGGCUCAAACUGUUGUUCAGACCAAAACAGUCGAAGCAGGCAGCUGAAUCCACAGCCAAUCAGAUGCUAGCUUUAGUAACCAUGACAGGAGUGUUGGUGUGUGAUUUCAUAUAUUUUCUCAUUUUUGUCUUUGUUCCCAUUAGUUAGGCUCACUUAAUUAGAUGAUAAUUAGUGAAUAACACAAAGAGUUAGUGAACUUAGUUAACGAGUUAAUAAGUUAGGACAUCGUUAGUCAUUCUGUGUUUUUUUUGUUUACUGUUGAUUUGUUUGUUUAUUAUCGUCAUCAUGGGGCUGAGCAUGACAACCACACCAGGUCUCACACACAGUGUUCUCAUCUGUCAAUCACACUACUGUGACGGAAACGCCCCACCCACCUGUACUGCUCUCCACCAAUCGUCUUCCUUUAAAGAGCAGCCAGCCAAUAAAAUGGUCCUGCUGUAUGAUGUCAUAUAUUUUUGUGAGUGGUUGAUUUCUCCUGCCUGAAAAUAUCCUUGUGUUUACCAGACAAAAAAAAAAAAAA